CGCAGCGAUUCGCUGGGUGCCCGCCGUCGAGGGACACGCCUCAGCUGAGCUGCACUUGUCGAACAGUGCGAGCUCGGAGCUCCUACCCGAUCGAAUUGACUCCUGCCAGAUCAUUCACUUUGCAAUUUGCAUCUAAAGCGACAAAUCCAAGCUAUCCUACCGCAUCCUCCAACUCUCCACGAUGAAGUUCUUCUUUGCCGCCGUUGCCGUCGCUGCUCUCACGUCCCAGGCCUCAGCCGCUACCUGCGGCAGCGCCGUCUUGUCGUCUCUGCUCACGAACGCCAACAUCCAGCAGUGCGCGACGGACUCGGGUUACGCCUUCACGGCCGCUAACAUUCCGGACCAGGCUACCAUCGACAAGAUGUGCGCUUCGACCGCCUGCAACAGCCUACUCGCCGACGUGCAGGCCAUGAACCUGGAGGAGUGCCAGCUGCCCGUCGGCCCCGGCAUCAACCUGAAGGCGGACCUGGUGGACUACGUGCCGGCCCACUGCCCGUCGACGGACUCCCCUGCCACGGACGCCCCGAGCUCACCCGCUACGGAGGCUCCUAGCCCGGAAUCGCCCGCUACGGAUGCCCCGACCGACGCUCCGUCGACCCCGGACAACUCGACGGACACGGACACGCCGACCGCUGCCCCGACCAAGACCCCUAUCGCUUGCUAAGCGCUCCUCGGAUCGACUCGCAGCCUGCUGCAGCCCGCGCGAGUACUUUGCUGCUUUUUGAGCUCGUCUUCAGCCUCGCUCUAGUUAUUAAGAGUCGGAGGCUUACAUGUUGUAGUCGUUCUACCCGUUAACUUGAAUGACUAUCAUUUUGAACUUCUAAAAUGUUGGCAAAUUCUG